CGCUGCAGACCCGCGCUGGUGGACUCGCAAGUGCAGCCCGCGCCCGCGAGGAAUCAUGCCGCGCUCCUUCUUGGUGAAAACGCACUCCAGCCACAGGGUCCCCAACUACGGGCAGCUGGAGACGCAGAGAGAGAUCAAUGGCGCCUGUUCUGCCUGCGGGGGACUGGUGGUGCCCCUUCUUCUCCCAGACAAGGCGACCCCUCCUACACAUGGGGACCCUGCCCAGCUCUGGAACCACACCUCCAUCAUCACCUGCAUCUCCCUGCCCCUCCCAUGUAACGAGGAAGCUCGGGGGGCCUCUGAGCCAGACCCCCUGGAAGUCAGCCGGGUGGACCCUCGGGCUGGCCGGGGCCCCAGCGUACCCCUCAAAGACAGCCUGAACCACCUCAACCUGCCCCCGCUGCUGGUUCUGCCCACGCGGUGGCCCCCAAUCCUGGGCCCAGACAGAGACCAGGCUUCAGACAGACUUCUGGGGGCUGAGCAGGCCCUCUGCCCCCCAGGUGGCUUCCAGUGCCUCCACUGUCAUAAGCCCUACCACACGCUGGCCGGGCUGGCCAGGCACCGGCAGCUGCACUGCCACGUGCAGGCUCAUCGCUGCUUCACCUGCAAGUACUGCGACAAGGAGUAUGCCAGCUUGGGCGCCCUCAAAAUGCACAUCCGCACACACACGCUGCCCUGCAUUUGUGCCAUCUGCGGCAAGGCCUUCUCCAGACCCUGGCUGCUCCAGGGCCACAUCCGGACCCACACAGGGGAGAAGCCCUAUGCCUGCUCCCACUGCAACAGGGCCUUCGCCGACCGCUCCAAUCUCCGGGCCCACCUGCAGACACACUCUGACACCAAGAAAUACCAGUGCAAGAGCUGCGCCAAGACCUUCUCCCGCAUGUCCCUCUUGGCACGGCACGAGGAAUCUGGCUGCUGCCCUGGCCCCUGAGAGCCAUGGUUUUGGUGCAGGUUCUCUCUCUCCAAGAGUUAAAGACUGUUGGGAGACUGCCUCCAGCAUAGACAAUUCCUGCCAUUAAGCUGACGAACACGGCUGCCUUUGGACCUCUUUGCAACUCCACACGAACAGUCUGACUUGUGCUGAGCGGAUCACACAGUCUAGCCCUUGUGGGCAGAGCUACCUCAAGGCUCACCUCCACCUGCCUUUGCUUUGGGAUCUGGGCCACGCUGCCUCAUGUCACAUAUACGCACACAUACCCUCCCUACCUCACUAGGCUGCCCCGGGGAUGGAGCAGCACUGGGAAGACCAGCAGCUAGGCCCCCAUCCACAAUCGUGAGGCAAUAAAGAGUCCGUGCACUCA